GUUUGGACUUCUGCUGUGGCAGUGUGUCUUCUGUGGAGUGUAUCGUCGGCGGGGUAAGUGGAUCUAGAGUGUGUCAGAGUGUAUAAGUAGACACACGUUUUGCAAGCAGUGGCGUACCUAGGGGUGCGAAAGGGGUCGGCCGCCCCUGACAGCGGUUUGGGGCUUUUAAGAAACAUUAUGUAAACAUGUGUGCUUGUGUAAGGAGCGCAAUUUUGGGAGCUCGUCUCUGGCGGUAUUUAGUCAAGGUACGCCACUGUGUAAAGUAAAUACAAGUACACAAUGUCAAGGUACGCCACUGUAUAAAAGUUAAUACAAGUACGCAAGCAUAACAAAGUAUUUAAGAAUAAUGAGUGCGAUUGCACAGAAUAAAUACCAUUAGCAUAGCAAACAACAAAGUGGUAUAUCUUUUUAAUGGUAUAUCCGUGGUCACAAAAUAUAUAUGAUAUUUGAGACUGGCUUUUAUCGUGGUGACGUCGGGCUGACAUAUAAACAUAGAACUACUAAAUGGGUAUUCUCCCUGACUAAACAUACAAAUGUUGCCAAAUAUUAUCACCCUGAUAUAACUUUAGGGGUCAUCCAUAAAAGACGUCCACACAAAAGGGGGGAGGGGGGCUCAGCAAAAAGUGGACUAAAGUGGACAAAGGGGGGGGGGGGUUUAGGACAAAGUGGAUGUCCACAUUGUAGUGUUUUUUUGAGUGCAGCAGUUUUGAAUAAAUUUACUGCAAAUUUACUCCCCGAUCACAGUUACAGUAGCAUGCCUUUUUAUACAAAUAUUAUCACCCUGAUAUAACUUUAGGGGUCAUCCAUAAAAGACGUCCACACAAAAGGGGGGAGGGGGGCUCAGCAAAAAGUGGACUAAAGUGGACAAAGGGGGGGGGGGUUUAGGACAAAGUGGAUGUCCACAUUGUAGUGUUUUUUUGAGUGCAGCAGUUUUGAAUAAAUUUACUGCAAAUUUACUCCCCGAUCACAGUUACAGUAGCAUGCCUUUUUAUCUCUAUUGUCCAUCGGUGGCUGGAAGAAUUUCCAAGAGGAUAUGUUUCUGCGGUAAAUAUUUCCCAUCACAGGCGGCAAUGAAAAUACAUAACGUCGUCCAUUGCAAUAAUCCUGCUAGUGAACAUAAUAUGGCAGACGAAUCAGACGAAGAGACUGCCACUCAAAUUGAAUUAGCAAUUGAAGACUCAUGAACAGAUGUUGUCAUUAUACGAAACAUGUUUGAAUGGCUGCAGUCCGAAUUUUCCGUUGAUUGAAGAAUGGUGGAUUAUUUGUUUAUUACAUUUUUUAAUACAGUGAUUCAAUAAAAUGGUUUUGAACAGUUAUUAUUACAUUUAGAAUUUUGCCUGCAAAUAAAAGGAAUUUCUAAAAAAAUCUUUGUAAAUACACACUCUUUAUAUUGUUGUACAUCUUCCCAAAAUAUUCAUUAAUUUAAGUUCGGUAAGUUUUAUGUUUUGGACGUCCACAACAGGGGGGGGGGUGGUGUCCAAGUCAAAAGUGGACAAAAGUGGACAAAGGGGGGCGGGGGGGUAAAACUAGCAAAAAAUAGGUGGACGUCUUUUAUGGAUGGCCCCUUAUGCGAUGGAAUAUUAUCACCCUAACAUAAUAUUAUGUAAUGGAACAUUAUCACCCUAACAUAACAUUAUGUAAUGGAACAUUAUCACCCUAACAUAACAUUAUGUAAUGGAACAUUAUCACUCUAACAUAACAUUAUGUAAUGGAACAUUAUCACCCUAACAUAACAUUAUGUAAUGGAACAUUAUCACCCUAACAUAGCAUUAUGUAAUGGAACAUUAUCACCCUAACAUAACAUUAUGUAAUGGAACAUUAUCACCCUAACAUAACAUUAUGUAAUGGAACAUUAUCACCCUAACAUAACAUUAUGUAAUGGAACAUUAUCACCCUAACAUAACAUUAUGAAGUAUUAUGACCCAGAAAUAACAUUAUGAAGAGGAACAUUAUCACCAGCGUUAAAAUUAUGAAGUUGAAUAUUAUCACUCUGAAAUAAUAUUAUGUAAUGGAAUCUUAUCCCGCUGGCAUAACAUAACGUAAAGGAAUUUUAUCACCCUGAUGUAACCUUGUGAAAUAGUAUCAGCCUGACAGAACGUUAUGAAAUAGUAUCAGCCUGACAGAACGUUAUGAGAUAGUAUCAGCCUGACAGAACGUUAUGAAAUAGUAUCAGCCUGACAGAACGUUAUGAAAUAGUAUCAGCCUGACAGAACGUUAUGAAAUAGUAUCAGCCUGACAGAACGUUAUGAAAUAGUAUCAGCCUGACAGAACGUUAUGAAAUAGUAUCAGCCUGACAGAACGUUAUGAAAUAGUAUCAGCCUGACAGAACGUUAUGAAAUAGUAUCACCUUGACAUAACAUUAUGAAAUAGUAUCACCUUGACAUAACAUUAUGAAAUAGUAUCACCUUGACAUAACAUUAUGAAAUAGUAUCACCUUGACAUAACAUUAUGAAAUAUUAUCCCCCUGACAUAACAUUAUGAAAUAUUAUCCCCCUGACAUAACAUUAUGAAAUAUUAUCACCUUGACAUAACAUUAUGAAAUAGUAUCACCUUGACAUAACAUUAUGAAAUAGUAUCAGCCUGACAGAACAUUAUGAAAUAGUAUCACUCUGGCGUAUAUUACAACGCUAAUACUACCACAUUGUUUUGUCAGAAUGUAUCACAUUUACAUUGUCUACCACUGUACUAACGCACUGAAGAACACACAUGGGAAGCUAUUGUUUGUUCAUUUUUUUCCCUCCCCAUCUAGGAAAGGGACCAUGUACCAGGUCAUUCCCCUGACCGAAGCUCGUUCUUUGUCGCGAGUUCAAAUCGAAGGUCAAAUGUCCAACGUCUCGCGAUGUCAGUGUGGACUGAAGUGUCAUCAGCACGCCAACUGCACCAUGUUCUUCUACAACAAAAUUAUCCGGACAUGCGCCAUGUACGGCAUGGAGCACACCAAGGCCCGCGCAUCAUCUUUUCCCAUUGCGCCAUCAAUGGAAGCGCAGUGGAGGGCCUAUUAUUUAAUUCAUGGUAAUUCAUAUUUACCCCCCACCCCACACCCAAUAUAUUUGUUUUUAAAAAUCAAAACUCUUCUUAUUUCGUUUUUAUUUUAACGCCAUGUUUCUAACAAUAUGUUAAAUUUUAACUUGACAUUUAAAAACAGUUCCUUUAAUACUCAUACAAAUGACAUAUUUUAAAAUACUUCAUAUUAACCUCACGUAUGUUCGUGUGUUUCUUUCUUUCUUUCAUUGUGGUGGUAAAAAAAAAAUCCCAAAGGCCUAAUACACCCACUUCCCGUCAUCCUAUCGAGCUGAACCUUGGCUCAUAGACCGGUUGCCAAAUGACAACACAUGCGUUCAAAUUUUCAGCUUCAUCCACCAACCCCCACAAAAUCAGGAAUUUUUUUUUUCAAAGGGGUGGUGGAGAUAUGUCACACAAUAUUUGUGAGUUUUGGGGUGGAGAUGAAUUACGUUGCUGUUGCUAUGUACUUUGUAUUUUUGACAUAUUUGGAUUUUAAACAUAUCUUUAUUGUAUUAGUUUUUACAGGCACUGAGUUUUAUUUAUUUUUUUAAAAAUUGCAAUACCAAAAAUCCGUUUCAACAAUCAUAAAAAUGAUAAAUCACGUACAAUCACAUAUAAGUAAACAAACAAAAAUGCACGUAAAGGAUUUAUACCCCAAAAAAGUUUGUUUUCAGCGGUCCUUUGAUGACAAUUUAUUAUAGCGUCUAUCAGAUCUGGAUGUGAAAUCUGUCAUCUAAGGUAGUGUCUGGUGUCAUACAAUUGUGUAGAUAUGCGGCCACAUCUCUCCGCACGGGUCAUACUUGAACACCGGGCCAACUUAAUGGAUCUUUCGAGUGGAGCUUUCCAAGCGGGACCAACUUAAUGGAUCCUUCGAGUGGAGCUUUCCAACCGGGACCAGCUUAAUGGAUCUUUCGAGUGGAGCUUUCCAACCGGGACCAACUUAAUGGAUCUUUCGAGUGGAGCUUUCCAAGCGGGACCAACUUAAUGGAUCUUUCGAGUGGAGCUUUCCAAGAAAAGACGAUUCACGGAUAUAAAAUGGGUGAAUAGGAAAUCCAUUUGUUGCCUCAAUACCGCUUUGGAUGACACUUUGCCAGAUAAGUUGUUGGAACGUGCUUCUAAUAAAUAACUGAAGAUGGUUCUCACCAAAAUUGCCCCCCCUUUUUUUUUUUUUGGAUUCAUGUCAAAGCAGAUCAUCCUAAUCGUGCGGAAAUCGCCAUGAAAGUUGUUCCUCCAUUUCGCUCACGACGUACCUCUGUGAAACUGGCUUUUCGUCCAUGAGCAUAAUACAUCAAACAGGCGGAAAUAGAAUGGACAGUCGUUCUACUUUGCUAGAGCACUGUCCACAGUCGAUCCACGCUUUCAUUUUCUUGUCAUUAAAAAGCAUGACUCCCGUUUCACAUGAAAUCGUCACUGUUGAUGUUGGCUGAAAUGUUGUUGUUUUUUUUCAUCCACCGCUUAUUUUAUAUUUCCAAUUAACACUCAAGUUAUAAAUACGUCAAAAGAUCUGCAAUGGGAGUUUUUUUUGUUUUUUUUUAAUAUUUGAAAACAGCCUUGACCAAACAAAUACAAAAACAAACAAGCAAAGCUAUGAACAGGCUAGGAUCAAAUGAUAAGGGUUACAUGAACAGGCUAGCAUCAGAGGAUAAGGGUUAAUUCGAGUCCUAUCAGUUUGGCUGAUUACAAUUUUUUUUUUUAAAGUUGCACGACAUAUUUAGGUCAUAUAGCGUUAUUAAAAAAAAAAUAAUCUAGAACUGAUCCUUGGUGAUAUGGGAAAGGAGUUCAGCUGUCCGCCAAACUUAAAAAAAUUGUGAAACACUGGCUUACAGGACAUCGGGAAUAGCUGACCAGGGUAAAAUAUAUGGGAAUACUCUGAAGAUAGCGACAAGGAAAUUCAGUGGUCGUAAUGGUGAGUGUUUGGGGCAGUUACCAUAGCGCGAACGAUAGAUAAAAGGAAAAGGUUUUGGAGACAAAGGAUUUGAGUGGAUACAGUCGAGGAUGGACAGUUCCUUUUGGAUUAGUCAGUUGAAACAGUCUUGUUGUUGGCUCCAGUGGUUGAAACUGUGGACAUUGACGACAGUGACGGAAUCAUCUCUUAGGACGGUAAGAUUGCAGACGAUUACAAGUAGAAGUCGGGGCUCGAGCUGUGUGAAAGGAUAAAGUUCACACAGCUCGAGCCCCGACUUCAACUUGUAAUCGUCUGCAAAGCUCGCGUUAUUAUUUUACAGGUCCAGGCCACCAACCAUUGUGUGCUGGGUGUAUGGGGGGGUGGGGUGGGGGUGGGGGUGGGGGGUUGCAUGCAGACAGAGCGGAUCGCUUAAAUGUAAAUAGUGAGAGUGAACAUUAAAUUAAUGUUUGUAACAUGUGUAUUCAUUCCUCUAGAUUGCCCUGGUCAUUCUAUCCAAAUGAAACUGGUCAACAAAUGCUACCUUGUACGCAAUGACUUGGACACACGUCCGGCACUGAUCGAGCACUGCCAGUCUCUAGGCGGAAGACUGCUGGAGUUCAGCUCCGUGGAGGAACUAGCAUUCUUUAAAUCGAUUCUCUAUCGCAAAAAUGGUAAGCCUUUUCAUUUACCGUAGGAAUAGUGUUCUAUCUAACCGUCGGAAUAGCGCUUUCUCUACAGUAGGGACGGUGUUCUGUCUACAGUAGGAAUGACGUUCUCUUUAACAGUGUGAGUGUUGUUCUCUCUACGAUAGGAAUGGUCUUCUCUCCAUCUUUGCUGACAAACCAAUGCGGACGUUGUAUUAAAUCAUUUAGAUAAAACCACAUAAGCUUUUGCUUGCCUUGAAUGAUCUAUACAAGUUACUGGAGCAUGGCCGUGGAUUAUAUCAACACGAUUCUAGUUUUGUGUUAUCCUUUGAUUUUAGUUUUAGUAUUAUCCUUUGAUUUUAGUUUUAGUGUUAUCCUUUGAUUUUAGUUUUAGUAUUAUCCUUUGAUUUUAGUUUUAGUGUUAUCCUUUGAUUUUAGUUUUAGUAUUAUCCUUUGAUUUUAGUUUUAGUGUUAUCCUUUGAUUUUAGUUUUAGUAUUAUGCUUUGAUUUUAGUUUUAGUAUUAUCCUUUGAUUUUAGUUUUAGUGUUAUCCUUUGAUUUUAGUUUUAGUAUUAUCCUUUGAUUUUAGUUUUAGUAUUAUCCUUUGAUUUUAGUUUUAGUAUUAUCCUUUGAUUUUAGUUUUAGUGUUAUCCUUUGAUUUUAGUUUUAGUAUUAUCCUUUGAUUUUAGUUUUAGUAUUAUCCUUUGAUUCUAGGUUUGUAUUGUUUAGUUGAUUCUAGUUGUUGUUUUUUAUCCAUUGAAUGUAGUUUUGUUUUGUCCAUUGAUUCUAGUUUUUGUAUUAUUCAUUGAUUGUAGUUUUGUAUCAUCCAUUGAAGCCAGUUUUGUUUUGUCCAUUGAUUCUAAUUUGUGUAUUAUUCAUUGAUUGUAGUUUUGUAUCAUCCAUUGAAACCAGUUUUGUUUUGUCCAUUGAUUCUAGUUUUUGUAUUAUUCAUUGAUUGUAGUUUUGUAUCAUGCAUUGAUUCUAGGUUUGUUUUGUCCAUUGAUUCUAGUUUUUGUAUUAUUCAUUGAUUGUAGUUUUGUAUCAUCCAUUGAAACCAGUUUUGUUUUAAACCUUGUUUUUCUUGAACUGUUUUUUUUUUUUUUUGGGACUUGUGUUAAGCUUAUCCAAACUGUGUUUUUAUUCCAGGCAACAGUGCCAUGUCCUACUACGUUGGCGCUGAGAUUCUAAUUAACGAAAACAGGACUUUCACCUGGUCGAACACGUCUAGAACUUUGGUCCCCUCUGAUCCCUUAUGGCAAAGUGGGCACCCCGACACCAUGGGGACCUCUGAUAAGAACUGCGUUGAAAUCUCCAAGACAUCUGAUUAUGCUCUAAGCGAUGUCUCUUGCACCGAGAGAAAGGGAUGCAUAUGUGAAUUCCCUUUCUGAAAAGGACAAUGUUGUGCUUUUAAACACUUGCCACGUGGAGCAAACACAUUUUAGAAUUAUGUUUUUUCUUCAUAUAGUAUUUAUUAAUUACUGUGAAAACCUGAUGUAAAGGUCCCACUUUAACGUGAAUUCUGAUAUUAAUAGACAUCUUAACGUGGUAUUGUUGACGCAGUACCAGGGGACUGGACUAGAGUAUAAAUGACAUACUUAGUAGAAAUCGUAACGUGGUAUUGAGCAACAGUACCAGGAGACUGGACUAGAAUGUAAAUUACAUUACAGUGGAAAACAUAACGUGGUAUUGUUGCAACAGUACCAGGGGACUGGACUAGAGUAUAAAUGACAUACUGGUAGAAAUCAUAACGUGAUAUUGUUACAGCAGUACCAGGGGACUGGGCUAGAAUGUAAAUGACAUGCUAGUAGAAAUCACAACUCAAUUGUGCUUAACACAUGCUCAGUGGUCACAGUUUUGGGGAUCAACUCUUAAAUAUUAACUAGUUUUUAACAAAAAUAUUCACAAAGCUGUUGUUUGAGACUUACGGU